AAACCUGUAUAUAUAAAGAUAAAAAGUUUUGUCUUUAGCAUGGAUGUCUCACAACCACCACCCCAACUCACGGCCCCCUCACAUUUGGCCAUGAACACCAGCAUACCCCCGCCCAUGCCUGGUUCCCAUGGCAAUCACUUUCGUCCUCACUACCAUCAUGGGCAUCAUGGUGGUAAUAAGCCCUAUUUUAAGGCCUUUAAUAGUGGCAGCUUCCAAAGGCCAUUCCAAAUGACCCAGGAUGAUUUUGAUGGCAAACGUUUACGUAAAAGUGUUAUGCGUAAGACAGUGGAUUAUAAUGCGGCCAUUGUGAAAAAAUUAGAGGCCCGUUUAUGGCAAAGAGAUUCCCGCGAUCGUUUUGCUUUACAACCGGAAAGUAUUUAUGUUCCGGAAUUAUUGCCGCCCAGUAGUUAUCUGGACAAUCCUUCAAAUGCUAUAACCACAAGAUUUGUUAAGACUGCCACCAAUAAAAUGCGUUGUCCCAUUUUCACCUUGGCCUGGACACCCGAAGGCAGACGUUUGGUUACUGGCGCCAGUUCGGGAGAAUUUACUUUGUGGAAUGGUUUAACAUUCAAUUUCGAGACUAUAUUACAAGCUCACGACACCUCAGUGCGCACCAUGGUUUGGUCACACAAUGACAGUUGGAUGGUGACGGGGGAUCAUGGCGGUUACGUUAAAUACUGGCAGUCGAAUAUGAACAAUGUGAAAAUGUUUCAGGCCCACAAGGAAGCGAUUAGGGGAAUAAGUUUUAGUCCGACCGAUAGUAAAUUUGUCAGCUGCAGCGAUGAUGGUACUUUGCGGAUAUUUGAUUUUCUUAGAUGUCAAGAGGAGAAAGUUUUAAGGGGUCAUGGUGCUGAUGUCAAAUGUGUACACUGGCAUCCUCAAAAGGGUCUUAUAGUAUCGGGCAGUAAAGAUAAUCAGCAGCCCAUAAAACUAUGGGAUCCUAAAAGUGGUCAAGCUUUGGCUACACUGCACGCUCACAAAUCUACAGUUAUGGACUUGAAAUGGAAUGAUAAUGGUAACUGGCUGGUAACAGCCUCCAGAGAUCAUUUACUCAAACUGUUCGAUAUAAGAAAUCUAAAAGAAGAGGCCCAGGUAUUUAGAGGUCAUAAAAAAGAAGCCAGUUCAGUGUCCUGGCAUCCAGUGCAUGAGGGUCUAUUUUGUUCUGGAGGAUCAGAUGGUUCGAUAUUAUUUUGGAAUGUGGGUACGGACAAAGAAAUUGGCUGUGUAGAAACUGCACAUGACAGUAUAGUCUGGACAUUGGCUUGGCAUCCCUUGGGCCAUAUAUUGUGUUCCGGUUCCAAUGAUCAUACUAUUAAAUUUUGGACUCGUAACCGUCCUGGAGACUUGAUGAGAGACAAAUACAACUUGAAUACUUUGCCAGCCAGUUUGGCUGCCUUGGAUGACUGUGAAUAUGAUGAUGCCGUCAUACCCGGUAUGGGUCCUGAGGAUAAGGUAGAGUUUACCGAAAGUUUAACGGCCGACAAAGGUUUUAUACCCGGUCUGGAAUUGGAUCCGUCCAGUAAUAUGGCCAAAGAUCAAGAGAAAAAGGUGCCCUAUAGCAAACCCAUACCUAGGAACUUUCAAGCACAAUGGGCUGGCUCUAGGCGACCCGACGAAAUGGAAGAGGAGAUUGUAUAUGCGCCUCGUGAAAGGCGACCCGAUACUGGUGGCUUAACGCCUCAACAGGUCAGUGAAAAUGCCAUCGAGGGCAUGCUGGCCAGUGGUGUACUAACAACUAUGGAUCCCCAGGCCAUUGUGGGCAUUUUGGUCUAUGACCGUUUCAUUCGAGUACAUCCAGACUCCAGGCUAAUGUUGGCUGUACGUCAGGGACCCGAUUAUCUCAAUAAAUAUAUAGAUUCCGGCAAACUGGAGGAGUUAAGGGAUGUGGUGCCAGCCAGAGAACGUUCAAGAUCAGUGUCGCCCACGCUAGAGCGCAGAGACACUUCGCCGCCCACGAAAAAGACACGAGUGGAUGGCAGACAACAUUAUCCCCAAGCGGUAUUUGUUAAAGAAUUGUUAAGUUUGAAAAAACCCUUCCUGCCUUGUCUAAUCACCAUUAAACAGCAACUGCAGCAACAACAGCCGCCAGCAAACGAUGAAAUGAGAGACUCACCACAACCGAACUUCAAUCAAGCGCCUGGUGGCAACUUUCCCGGUCCCUGGGCGAAUAAUAAUGGUCCCUGGAAUGGCCCUCAGAAUGGUGCAAAUCAAAAUGGUUUCAACAACAAUUCCAAUAAUUUCAAUAACAACAAUAACAAUGUGCGCAACGAUAGUCCUCCAUUUAAUCAAUCGAAUUCCAAAGGUGAUAUGUUUUCCAACAACAGCAACAAUAAUCAAAGCUCUAACAACAACAACCAAAACAACAACAGACGUAAUAGGCGAGGUGGUGGCGGCAAUCGUAGUGGCAAUGAGGGUGGAGGCGGCGGCCGCAAUCGUGGCAACCGCAAUAGACGUUUUUAAGAAAACUAACACAAUUCUUUAAUCUACUACUGCAACUAAACUUAAGUCAUCCAGCCAUUUAUUCCCCUUUAUUUUUUUUUCUUUCUUAUUUAUAUUUCAACACACAAAACAAAUCCACCCCAAAGUUUUGCCCUUUUUUCUAGUUUUAAUUAAUUUUGAAUUACCUUUUCUUGAAAUCUGGCUUAACUUUUUUCCUUUUAUUUCUUUUUAUUGUAGUUUUUAUGAUUUUAAAUGCUAUUUUUAGUUUUGGCAUACAAAAUUCUUAGUUAAACUUUUUAUACACAAUUUCUGCAUAAUUAAUGAAGUUUUUUGUAUUUUGUUCAAAGGUUAAUUUAUAAUUAUGAAUGUUAAAUUAAACAAAAACUUCAUUAUGAUUACUUUAAACUUUGCAUGAAACUUUGAAAAAAAAAGAAAAACAUACGUUUCGUAAUAAGAAAUUUUCAAUAAAGAAUUAAGUAAUUUUAUUAUUGAGGUUAAGUUAGAUUCUGUUACAAGGACACUAGAAUUUGUAAAGUUAAUAAAAACAAAAAACAAAAAAGAAAAAUAAUAUACAUACAUGAUAUAUAAAAACAAUAAUAAGGUUAAUAAAAUAAAAGAAACUGUAUAUGUUAAUUUUUAAA